AUGGCCACAGCGGCAGAGGAGCAUGAGAAGGAAGUUGAGGAAGCUGAGACGAAGAAGCGGGACGGGUUCCUCAGGAAGUACUUGGAGGAGACUUUCGAAGGCGCGACUGACAAUCGUAAAGAGAUGUCUUACAAGACCUACCAGGCCCUGGUGGACAAGGAAGAGGUUUGUGAGGAGAUGUGCGAGAUCCUAGACAUGGACAAAGACGAGCUGCUGGCUGCCUGG